AUGAUGGGGUCGAAUAUUAGAGACAUCCAGGACAUUGAACUUCUUCGUCACUACCACUUGGACAAGACAAAUCCUGAUACAUGGGUCGACGAAGAAGACUUGCCUUCGUGGGUCCACGAUGACGAUAUCAACACCGACCAUGGAGGGCGAGUCACACCCCGUGAGAGGAGGACCAAUUCUAUCGACGGAGACUUUGCACUGUCGGAGCAGACUGAUAUGCUGGGGCUAGUUAAGGGCAACGUCUUUGUGAGCAAGAACGUCCGCGGCGACACCAAUUUGAUUUCGUCUACACAAAAGAGCUUCAACCCCCAGCGAUACCUGUACGCGGUUCAUGCGGACACCUCUUACGAUGACCUGUGCGUGGGUGUUGACAGACUAAAGGCAUCAAUUGACCAGCGAUCGUCUGCCCUGAAGGUCCUUGUCCAGAAUAAUUUCGACCGCUUCGUUAGUGCCAAGAAUGUCAUCGACUCUGUGUACGACGACAUGAAGGAGAAAACGCUGAACGAGACACAGGAUUACGGAACACUUCGUCUCAACGCUAUCCUUCGAGAGUCGUAUGGAAAGGCGCACGAGGUCAUUAACCCAGUUCUAGAACGUCGUGAGAAGAUCGACAAGCUACGAUCGACAGUCGGGCUUUUGGAACCAUAUCGUCUGUUCUUCAACUUGCCCAACACAUUGCUGGAGAGCAUCAAGCAAGGAAAAUAUCAGCUGGCGGCCAGGGAUUAUAACAAGGGUAAAGUGCUUUUGGCACAGGCAUUCCCAGCGACUACACCAUCAGUCGCAAGUGACACUGCGUCAACUCAUUCAUCGACAUUGAUUGAGACCAAGCGACGCGUAUUUGAUAAGGUCUGGUCAGAGGUCGAGCGCAUUGUUGCCAGGCUUCGGGCGGAUCUCGAGUCGCAGUUGGAGGAGCCCUGGCGAGGAAUGGAGGAGCACGAACGCAACAUCAACCAGUACCGCUGGAUCAAGAAAAUUAUGUCCGAGUCCUUUGACGAGCAAGUCAUCCUUGUUGAAGAACUUCGCAAGAGCGACGAGUACCAGCAGAGUCAGAAUAUUACCCUACAUGGCCGCACAGCGCUAUUCAAGCAGAUCCUGGGAGCUGUCAACUCUAGUGAAUUCGAAAACCAGUUUGCCAAGGAACCGGAAGUGAAGUUGUUGGUGGCAAUUCAUACAGGAGUCAAGACACUGUCGGACCUCUUAUUGCGCCUCUUACCUGAUUUCUGGAAGUUGGCCGUUGCAUUCAUGGAUGGCAAGAUCCAAAAAGUCCAGAAGAGACGCACGGUGGUGGACCCACAGCGUGUGUCACAGAGCAUCGCCAUGGUCAAGGACAUCAUCGAGCUGUACUCGAACGAGAUGACUUCGAUCUUGAUUGACUCUUUGGUCGUGCAACGACCGGAAGAGGUGGACGAUGAAUACUUGCCCGGGGUCGAGAAGCCGGAGCCACGACGCGAGAGCGCAGUGGUUAUGGCGGUGUUCCUGAGCAAGAUCAUCACGGAGGUUAGCAACUGUGUGAACGAUAUCAAUGGACUCAGUUUGCGAGGAGGUGCUUUUAUGACCCUUGUCGAGCUGAUGCAGCGCUUGCGCUGGAAGUUUGUCAAGGUCAUCUGCAUGUCCUGGGGCGAUGAUGCGAGGUUCUUUUACCAGCAUGAGGAUUGGACAUUGCAGGCAGAGAACUCGCAAGUGACACUCUUUGUGGGACUCUUCUACAAGUUCCAUGAGUUCUGCCUCCGAUCAGCCUACAAGUACGCCAGUAUCUGGACAGCGCCAACCGAGGAAGCUGUAGCCAACGACGACGUCCUGACCGUGGUUCCUGAGCAGUUUAUUGAGAAGAUCCGCGGCACCUUUUUGGAUGCUCUGUACUCGUUCUUAGAUGGACUGGUUCACUUGGCGUUUGCGGAUCCAGAGCAGCCUAACAAUGGCGAGUCCUCCGGAACAAGGUUGUUGGAGAAUUUGAAUGGAGGUGGCAAGAAGGUCAAGACGAUUGAUAUUACUCAGCUGGACUCGAGGAUCUUGAUCACGAUUAGUAACUUGAGCGAGUUGCGGUCUGUUACGAUCCCCAAGAUGUUGACUGAUUUUGAGAAGACUUGCAGCAUGUCCAUUGCUGGCGAUGGCAAGGCCCUGAUUGACAUUGUGGAUCAACUGGAUACGAUCUUGUUUGACGAUUUCAUUAAGCGCAAGACCGUUGUUGCGACACGAUUGAUUACGGAUGGUAUUCUCUACGGCGGCACGGACUGGUCUGCCUGCCCCAAGCCCACAGGAGUGCAUGCGUACAUGUACGAGACAUUGUUGUCAUUAGUGGUUGUGCAUGCCCAGAUCUCCGAGAUUGCACCCCCACUGGUGUUUAGGGCUUUGUCGGCGCUGUUGAUUAACAUUGCACAGGACUGUUUGAGAUGCUUUCAGGAGGUGAAGCGGUUUGGGAUGGGUGGGAUGUUGCAGGUGACGCUGGAUAUGGAGUUGAUGAACCACUCGUUGGUCCAGUACCAGAGUGCAUCGUCGGAUGAGAUCUUGCAGAUGAUUUAUGAGGCCGUUGAUAGGGCUUACCACCCAGAGGGAGGCGAAAACUUGCAGGUUGAGAUGGCGGGUUUGAAGCGGAUGCUCUCGGAGGCCAAGAGCUCGUGCUAUGUCCAGUUCAAGUGCUUCAAGAAGGACAAGUAA